AUGAGCAAAUCUCCGGCCAGCGUGGCGUCAUCAGACGAAACUCACAGUGCUAGCGAUGAGUCGUUGGUCAUUUCAGCUGCCAACUCGCAAACAUCACUCAAAUCAAUCGGAGUGACGAAAGCGGUCAAGAAAGGCCCCAAAGAUGAGCUAUCGGGUGCAGGGGCUGCUACGGCGGCCAAAGAAAGGCCACCUUGGCGUCCUGCUAGCCUGACCGCCGUCCCAUCUCACCCGAAACCGGACAUCAAAGCACGGCUGCUGGAGGUUUCAAAACGUAUGCGUCGCGUUAAUGCAGUGGUGCAGACGGAUCCUGUACACACAAAACUAAUGCGUGAAGCGUCCACCGACGAGCAGACCGAUCUGGUUGCGAUGGUUGACGAGGAAAUAUUGACCGAUGGAAAUCUGGUGGUGCGUGAAGUUGGCAACCUGAUACUGACACACUCGGUAGCGCAAAUGACGGAUGGAGUAGAAACCUGUGACAGCGGUACGCAAACUGCCGUACCACGGAGUGGCAUUUCUUUCCGGAAGUUCCUGGAACCGUUGCCUGGAAACGAGUCGCUUGCAACCGCUGCCGUUGGGCCGAUAAGCGUGUUUGUGGAUGACGAAGUGGACACUUCGAGUGUGGAGCAACUUCGGAGUGCUUCCAAUCGGGUGGAAAACCUCGAAGAUGGCGAAAAACUCGAUGAGCCCUCUGCUACGGAGCCCGAGGAACCUUGUUCCUUGCAGAGCGGUUCCGAUAGUGCCAAGGAACCGAACACACCAGACCUGAUCAGCGCCACAGUCGAAGGUGAUCCGUCACCCCAUCGGACAGCGAACUUACUCGAAACACCCACGUUUGCCGCGUGGCACAAUUUAGACUUCUCCGACGAGGAAUCGGAAAGCUACGUGCCGCGUGAACUGCCGCGUCGUCCGAUCGGCGAAGGAGACCGUCCUUGGGCCGAGUUUAAGGACCUAGUCAUUGGUUCUCGAGUGGCCAACAUGCGCCUAUCGCCCGUUCCCCCGAGAAGGCCUCGUGGACCCAACCAGAAGACUGUGACCUGGAGCGAUCGGCAGCAUCGAGCUGUUUCGAAGUUGCUCACCGAAGCUUCCGCCCUUGUCGACAUGUUUGAUCAUGUUUCCCUACUACUGGGACCGGACAUCACACUCCAUAAGCUUCCUCCACAGCAGGAGUUCCAUCUGCCGCCCGCCAAGUGGGAACCGUUGCUGACGAAAUCUUGCGAUCUGCUGGAAGAAAAGCUGGCCCAAGUAUGCAAUCUGUCACUGAGCGAGUUGGAAAUCACCUCAUCAGCGUUGGUAUCAACGACACCACUAGCAUCCUGUCCAGCACCACUGCUCUCCGACUUAGGAUCGGAUCAUAUCUAACUCGAUUGCUCACAGUAUUCUGAUUUAUUUACCCUGAAGUGAUUAUCCUGUUUUCGACAGUAAUGCCACAACUAACCCAACUGUACACCACCACGUUACCCCAUCGAUG